CUGCAUGUCGCAAAGUACCAGCUUCUCAAGUUAAGAGUCAAGGACUCAUCCAGAGCUAACCAGAAGAACAUUUACCAUCUUGAAGAGAUUUAACCAGUAUUAAGAGAACAGGAACCUCAGAUCGCACUCUGCGUCUGUCAAGACAUGGAGCCAUGACCCUCGAGGAAGAGCAAGACUUCAGCAGCCACAGUGGGGAUGACAGCCUCAACGACAGCUGGUCCUGGUUACAGACCAUGAACUAUGUGGGUCAGUUGGCGGGCCAGGUGUUCGUGCAGGUCAAGGAGCUAUACAGGGGACUCAACCCUGCAACACUGUCUGGAUGUAUAGAUGUUAUCGUGGUACGACAGCCAGAUGGCACCCUGCAGUGCUCCCCAUUCCACGUCCGCUUCGGCAAGAUGGGUGUGUUGCGGUCCCGUGAGAAAGUGGUGGACAUAGAGAUUAAUGGCGAGCCGGUGAGUCUGCAUAUGAAGCUGGGCGAGAAUGGAGAGGCCUUCUUCGUCACAGAGACUGAGAACACAAUGGAAAUAGUCCCGUCUUACCUGGCAACGUCACCCAUCAUGUCAACGGGGGCAGAGUUAAUGGAGUCCCAGCUAGGCAGGGGCAGUUCUCGUCACCAUGACACCAUCCCCUGCAGCUCACUCCCUGUCCAGAGCCUGGGACCGCAGCAAAGUGAAGGUGGGAUGAUCAAGAAGAGGAGGAAGCGGAGGAGGAAGGUACGACCAGAAGCAGCCGGCGGAGGGGGAGGGAGGAGAGAGGAGAGCGGUGAAGAGUUUUCGGAGGACGAGGACAUGUUUUCUAUUGACCUGAGCUCAGAUGAGGAGCGAGAGGGUGACGGCGGCAGACCUGUGUACGGUGAUCAGGGGUCAACAGCCAACAUGCACACACACCCCAGCACUGAUUGGACCCGUUCACAGAGCCAUGCGAUUAAGGAGACUCUCUCCCUUCCUCCACCCUGUGGUCUGUCCAUCUCUUGUCCUCAGCAGACUUCUCACUUCUCCUCCUCUGUUAGUAGCCCCGAUGAUUCACGCUCAUCAACACCGAAGAGCGACUCAGAGCUAACCAAUCAGAACAAAGACAACCCUGAGAUGUUGUGGACCUGGGGGGAGCUGCCACAGGCCGCCCAGCCAUCCUUCCUGACUUCCCACCAGAAGCAGGACCCCGUCCCAGCAGUCUCCAUCCCGGUGUCCAGCAGCACUCACUUCAGAGCCAUCAGUGACACUGGACCCCCCUCCCUCACUCUCUACCCUCCCCAGCCAGGGGAGAGCGCCGCUCAGGGUGAGGACAAGGACACUGAAGAAAGAAAAAACGGAGCCAGGGUCGGACAAACCACUAAGACUGGGGACACGGCUGCAGGGAGAGAGGUGGAAAGUGUUGGGCCAGCAUGUGAAGAGAUGGAUGGUCUAACAGCCUGCUCAGUGUCUUCCAAGAUUCUCCUCGAUCACCUUGACGAAGCUGGGAGUAGAGGAAGUCCCAUCAGGAGAACUGAUUCACCAUCUAAGAAGAAAGAAAAGAGAAGCCAACACCUUGGUACUGAUGGCGUGUAUCUGGAUGAUAUUACAGAGCUGGAGCCUGAAGUAGCCGCUCUCUACUUCCCUAAAAGUGACGGAGGCAGUAGCUCAAUGAAAGGGGACUCCGAGAUGAUGAUGAUGGGAGCGCGGAGUGCUAAUCAGUCCCCACAGUCAGUGAGCAGCUGUGGGAUGGACAGCGGCGUUGACAGUUUGUCUGACCAAGUGGGGGACCUGCCUCAUGUUGCUAUCUCUUUGUGCGGAGGACUCACUGACAACAGGGAGAUCACAAGAGAGCAGUUCCAGGAGAGGGCAAUUUCCUACCAGCAGUUCUCUGAAAACCCUUCUAUUAUCGAUGACCCUAACCUGGUGGUCAAGAUAGGAAACAAGUACUACAACUGGAACACAGCAGCUCCUGUGAUGUUGGCCAUGCAGGUCUAUCAGAAACCACUGCCGCAGGCCUCAGUGGAGAACAUCAUGAAGGAGAAGAUGCCAAAGAAAGGAGGACGCUGGUGGUUCUCGUGGAGGGGCCGGAACAGCGACUCCAAAUCAGAAUCAGUGACAGAUGCAGGAGGAGACAGUGGAGAGAGUUCGAUUACAGUGCCCUCAGUGGACAGGAUGAAGGACGAAUCAUCCUCCAGUGAUGAGGACCACAGAUCAUCCAAUCAGGCGUCAGGACCCUGCCAGUCAGAGCUCCUCAUGAGUUCUGGCAACGUCUGUUAUAAGAAGACUCUUCGGCUCACCUCAGAGCAACUGGCUAGCCUGCAGCUGAUGGAGGGUCCUAAUGAAGUGGUAUUCAGCGUGACCACUCAGUACCAGGGCACCUGUCGCUGCCAUGGCACAAUCUAUCUUUGGAGCUGGGAUGACAAGAUAGUCAUCUCCGAUAUAGACGGAACAAUAACAAGGUCGGACACCCUGGGUCACAUCCUCCCCACUCUGGGUAAAGACUGGACUCACCAGGGCAUCGCACGGCUUUACCACAAAGUCAGCCAGAAUGGAUAUAAAUUCAUGUACUGCUCGGCGAGGGCCAUCGGCAUGGCUGACAUGACGCGAGGCUACCUGCACUGGGUCAAUGAGAGGGGAACCAUGCUGCCAGUGGGCCCGGUGCUGCUCAGCCCCAGUAGUCUCUUUUCUGCAUUGCACAGGGAGGUGAUUGAGAAGAAACCAGAGAAGUUUAAGAUCGAGUGUCUCACAGAUAUAAAGCACUUGUUCCACCCAAACACUGAACCUUUCUACGCUGCUUUUGGCAACAGAGCUACGGAUGUGUAUUCCUAUAAGGAGGUUGGUGUUCCUCUGAACAGGAUUUUCACUGUCAAUCCCAAGGGGGAGCUGAUACAGGAGCAUGCGAAAACCAAUAUCUCCUCCUUUGGGCAUCUGUGCGAGAUGGUCGACCACGUCUUCCCUGCCCUUGCUCAAGAGGAGGGAGCAGACUUCCCCUGCUCUGACACCUUUGACCAGUGCAAUUACUGGAGCAAACAACUUCCUGAUGGCACCAACCAGGAAGAAGAAGACCCACAGCCACUGGAGACAAGCUGAGGAAACCCAUCGAGAACGCUGCAUUCCAGCUUUUCUCCAAAUCAGUCAUGACGCUGAGGUCAGGGGGUUUGCGACUCAUCGUGAAGCCGGCUGCCCGGAUUCAGAGUGAAGGUGUUGAUUAUUUUAGAAUCAAAAAUCCAAGGACUGACCCUGAUUAAUGAAUGAAGCUCCAUGGCUCGUUCAAAACUCAAAGACGUUUUUAAAGAUUAACUGCGACUACUGAUUUGAAGUAAAUGAAUGUUUUCAGUAUCCCACAUAAACAAACCAACUUGCCAUCAGUCAACAGUGAGAACACAAGCAGACCUGAAGUUUCAUUACACAUAAGACUGCAGCGUCAAAAAAAAAAAAAAAAAAAAAAGGAAGACUUGUAAAAGAGAAGAACAUAAAAUCCCUGAUGAAUAUCAACAGCUGCUUGGGAGUGAAGCCAACCGAUGGCUCCGCCUGAGGAGUGCUCAACACAGGGUCAAACACUCACGUAUCACACAUUUGCAAGUGCACUGACUCACACCAAUGCGUAGACAUAAGAACUUGUAAAGGCAUUCCAUAGACAAUGCACAACACUGCAGAAUAUAUUAUCCCUCACUGUGUGUUUUUCAGCUCAUUGAGAGAUUCCUUCGACUGGUUACCGUCCUCUCCUUCAUCCCACUCCACUCUUCAUUCACACUGGUGGAUGGAAAAGCUGUCACAAAAACCACACACAUACACUGUUUGUGGAUAUUAUAUUAUUAUUAUUUUGCACAUAUACAGGCCGCAGUAUUUUAUGCAAAAAAAAAAACAAACCCUAUCUUAAAAUAAUCGGUCCAUGUUAAGUCCACAAAAAUGUGAGGACUCACUGUGUAAAUGAGAUAAUUUUGCAGAGAUUCUGCACAAGCAGGCCUUCCAGAUUGCCCAAACAACUGGCUUACACCAUUGGUAAUACAAUAUAAGUUAUAUAUGGCCUAGAAUUCAGCUUCCCAAAUCAAAUCAGCCUGUUGGUGCAUCAUUUUAUAUCUUGUUUUAACCCAUCACAUGCAAUAUAUUACCAAAUAUUAACAUACAUAAGAAUCUUAGUUGGAGUUUUACCUACUGCAGGCAUGUGGCUGCAGUAAUCUCCUGUGACCUCCAGUGCAGUACAUACACCACAUCACAUUAACUUACAUUUCACGACUAUAAGAGCAACCAGAACAUGCAAAAAUAGCACAGAUAGUGUACUCAGUCAUCUUUCUGUGCCAAACUCCUUUGCAGGUCCAGCUACAUGUGUUUGUGGUCUCCUGACCGUGCUACUGUGAAAGAUUUAUGUUUAAGACAAAUGCAGGACAAUGCAAAUAACUUAAGUGUGUGUUCUUUCUGUCUGUUUUUAUACACGCAAAUAUGUUAACACCAGUGAUAUGCUAGAAUGUAGAAUAUAAAUCACUCAGAGUCUGUGUUAUUAAUAUGACUAAUGCUCAUCAAUGCAAUGACUGUGGAAGCCCACACAGGACUGCGGUCAUAUAUUUUCAGUUUUGUAAAGUUGUUACUGCACAGAUCAAUAUACUUUUAUAUACAGCACUAAUCUGUCCUGUGGUGGAGAAUUAAAUGCAGUAUAUUCAAAUACUGUAAGGUUUUCUCUUUAAAAAUACAUCUGUGUUUUUUGUCAUGUGUAUAUAGAUUUCCAUUGUUAUCAAAUGCUUGUUUCCAUCCAUUGAUCAAAUAACAUCUACUGUACUGCAUUUAUUAUUUUUUUCACGUCUAACUUAAAAUGGGUGAAACCACUGUAAAUAAUGAUUAAUGUUAUAAAAUUUUGUAACCAUAUGAAGUGAACUUAAAAAAAGAAAGAGCUCAUCUUUUGAGAGAUGAUAUUGUCUAAAAGGCUUUGUUACUGGUGCUCAUUUAAACACACCUGCAGUCAUUACAUGCUUUACUGUGAAUCUGUUUUCAAACCACCCGUCUCCUGUUACGCUACGAGGUGGCAGCUUCAUCAACAUGCAGUUUUUAAGGAAAGCCCAUAGAUGGAUUAGUGUUAAUCAUAUGUCAUUUUGUUUUAUUUUGAGCCUCAUGGGCACUAAGGUGGCUAUUUACAUGAAGUGCAAGCUAAUUGCUACAUAAAGUUUAUGUUGAUUGCAUUGUUAAGAACUGUUUUGUACAGAGCCCCUAAAGUCCCAGAAGGUGAUGAGCAGAAGUCAAUUGUCUUGUUGGAACAAGUUCUUGUCACAUUAUGGGACUUUAGUGGCUCCGUAGCUUUGAAUGCCUGACAGCUUCAAGAAUAGGAAAAACGCUUAUGUUGCUACCACCCUCCAGAUUUUAUAUUAUCUGAAAAAAGUUAGAGUUUAACAACAGUAUUUGUAGUCUGAUAUUAAUGUGUCCUGUACUGGAAAAAAAGCCAAAAUACUGAUUGAUCCUCUGAUUGAUUGUGACUGAGUCUGUGAUAAUGUAUACUCUUUGUGCAUAGGAUAGAUAAUGUUUGAUGCCAUACUGGCGAAAGAAAACUAAUGAGGAAUUGACCUUGAAUCUGAAACUGUUGAUGUUCACAUGCCUUUGGGGACUCCAAUGUAAUUUGUGUAAGAGGCAAAGAAGCAGAGGACGCAUGCUGUUGUGAUGCUAAGAUGCAUAUUAUGUGGAUGUGAUAAUCACUGUCUUGUCACCUGAUCCUUGUAGACAUUGCUAUAGUAUUGUUAUGAGUGUUAUAAAAAAGCAGAGACAUGUUAACAUGUAAUUAUUGAAGCCAAAAGCACACUCACAUCUGUGUGAGGUCACUCGAUUUGGCACUUGUAAGAGAUUAUGCUAAGGUGGAAUAUGGAAGCUGAUGAUUUUUCUUCUUAAUGAACACAAUGCUGUUCCCAUGAUUUAAAAGUAAAUCAUCUGUGUGGUGAUUGUCACUUGAUUCUUUCUGUGAAAGAUCCAUUAAAACUCUUGACCAGUGAUGCAGUCUGUGUCUGUGUUGACAUGGAUGUUGAUCUGUCCCGUGUAGAGAUUAAGGGCACUAUGAAGCAGCCCACCGAGCAGUGUGCAGUACGAGCAAGUGUUAACAAUGUAGUUUGAAUAAACAUGUACAAUGAACACAUUUUUUUUUAAUAAACUCAAAGAUGAUUGCUA